AUGCUCAGCUCGAAAUCUCUCGCUGCCUGUGUAUUCAUAAGUGUAAUCGUUCACUUAGCACGCGGCCAAGCACCAUGUCCAGUCGAAGAAGAUCCAGUACAACUAGCUGAAUGUGCACAAUUGGAUGUUCAAGCUAUCAUACAAGCAGCAAAGGGUAAUUUGAAACUAUUUUGUAAUCUAGCCGAACGAUACAUGGAAUGUUUUAAAACCAAAACAAGAAACUGUAUUGGUGGAUGGGCAGCGGAAGGUGGUCUCACUGAAUUACAAAAUCUGGCUCAAUGGUGCUGCGUCAAUCCCGGUCUACCAGAACCCGAUGAAUGUCCACUUCGUCGAAAUCCAAAAUGCUUUUCCGGUGACGAUUUUGUCUCAAUGGCAAAUGGUGAACGCAAACUUCUAAGUGAACUUCGACCAGGUGAUCGUGUACUUGUUAUGAAUAGUCAAAAACAAAUCGAAGAAGACGAAAUUAUCAUGAUGUUGGACAGUCAACCAAAACGUCCAGCUUUGUUCUACUCAAUCGAAACGGAAACCGGCCAUCGAGUAAGUCUAACCGGUAAUCAUUUCAUUGCUGUCAACCACAAUGAUCAAUUCAUUCCUGCCAACCAAAUCAAAUCACGCGACACUGUGUUCAUUCAUGUCGAAGGUCAACUUCAACCGGCUACGGUACGAAACGUCAGUGAAGAAUAUCGUGUGGGUUAUUUCACACCAAUGACCAGCCAUGGAACAUUGAUCGUCAAUGAUAUGGCUGCUUCGUGCUAUUCGAGUGUCGUCAGUCAUAACUUAGCACAUCAAGUUCUUGCACCACUUCGGUGGUGGUAUCGAUUUGCGAAACUUUUUGCUGUCGAACAACCGUUCGAACACGUUCCCGAUGGCGGAAUUCAUUGGAUACCCAAAGCAAUGCUACACAUGACUGAAAAAUUCUUACCAAGCGUACUAACAACCCAAAGCAUCUAA